AUGUCUCAGCAUGGGGGACACAGGAGGAGGCCCAGGACCCCAGGGCCUCCUGUUCGCAGCAUCCGGCCUUUCAAGUCCAGCGAGCAGUACUUGGAGGCCAUGAAGGAAGACCUGGCCGAGUGGCUUCAGGAUCUGUACGGGCUGGACAUUGAUGCAGCCAACUUCCUGCAGGUGCUGGAGACUGGCCUGGUGCUGUGCCGGCAUGCCAACACUGUCACAGAGGCCGCUCUGGCCUUCCUGGCUGAGUCACCUGACCGAGCUCAAAAGAUUCCCCUGCCCCAGGCUGGGGUUUUCUGCAAUGGGGCUGCUCAGCCGGGUACCUUCCAGGCCAGGGACAACAUCUCCAACUUCAUCCAGUGGUGUCGCAAGGAGAUGGGCAUCCAAGAGGUGCUGAUGUUUGAGACGGAGGAUCUGGUGUUACGCAAGAACGUGAAGAGCGUCGUGUUGUGCCUACUGGAGCUGGGUCGCCGCGCCUGGCGCUUCGGUGUGGCGGCACCCGCCCUGGUGCAUCUGGAAGAGGAGAUUGAUGAGGAGCUGCGGCGUGACCUGGACCUGCCCUCGCCGGACCCGCCACCACCUGCACCCCCGACACGCAGACCCUGCCACUUCCACGAUCUGGACCAGAUGGUGCAGAGCCUCGUGAGCCAUUGCACAUGCCCAGUGCAAUUCUCCAUGGUCAAGAUAUCUGAGGGGAAGUACAGAGUGGGGGACUCCAACACUCUCAUCUUCAUCCGGAUCCUCCGGAGCCACGUGAUGGUGCGUGUUGGCGGCGGCUGGGACACGCUGGGCCAUUAUCUGGAUAAACAUGACCCCUGCCGGUGCACGUCCCUCUCCCACAAACCAGGCAGCUUCCUGAAGCCCCCAGGACCACCGGUGCAGCAUGAGGUGAAGGUGCAGGCUGGGCCCUCACAGCCCCAUCCUACAAUGACCGUCAGCCGCUCGCAGAGCCCACUGCCUCCAGUGGACUGGAAGACAUACACCUCUUCCAGUCGAAAGCUGAGGCCCCCUACUCCCUCUUCUUCUAGACCCCAUGGUGGACAAGGAGCAGAGGCCAGGACCCUCAGAGAGAUGGUUCCACCGCUAAGGUCCGAAGAGAGACCAAUGACUCCAUCUCGGAAGAUGUUGCCACCUGGUCCCCAGUUCUCAUCUGCCUGUAGGAGCCCGAACUUAGAGUGUCCCCUGUCGGGGAAGAGAGAGAAUAGAUGCCCGGGUGAACUAUCCAGAGGAAGGACUCCCACAUCUUGGGUUCACAAGGAAACAGACAGCCAAGGAACACACACCAAGGCCCCCAGGAGGCUCCAAAUCCCCGAAGCCACCAGUAAAGGGACAUCAGCAAAAGGACCAUGUCCCCCACCUCGCUCCUCCAGCCUCACCAAUCCUAAUAGUAUCUGGCUCCUGCACCGGAGUGCCUCCCCUCAGCUCAGUGCACCCAGGCCUGUUCAAUCCCCACCCCCUGGCAAAGGGUUCACCAAGAUUCCCAUCCGACUGUCCUCUGCCCGACCCCCAACUCCAGGAAAUAGUUCUUUGGGUACUGAAGGUGGAGGUUCCACAGGAAAAGUCUCCAUCACAUCAGGGACCCUCACAGGGAGCCUGGAUAGAUCCACAAAUGGGCAUCGCUCCAUGGAAGCAAGCCAUGGGGACCACCAGGUGGACAUACAGAUUCCUCCCGAGACUGAAGUUUCCAGGAACCUUGGUGCACAGCAGCAGAAGGUGAGGUACACCCCUCUGUCCCUGGGCAGGACCAGAGCACAAGCCACCUAUGACAGUCUUGAAGAGGAGAUUGUGGCCAAUAUGAGACUGCUGGAGGUGGGGGCAGCCUGUACUCAGGGCGCAAUGUCUCAAGUCAUUCCUCGAAGUGGGGUCUAUGUUCCCAGCCUGGGUGGAAGGUGGCCUGAGCCCGGGGGUCCUUAUGAUAAAGUCAUCCAGGAAUUGGCUCAGGGGCCCCCACCCCUCUUUAAAGUGGAUCUGAACGCCUGGAAGGUAGGCCCUAGAGGCCCCCCUAAGCCAUCAGUGGGCCCAGGAAGCCCCAAAGAGAAGCUAGGAUCCAGAGAGAAGGGGCUGAGGUUAAAGGCAAGCCUGAGUACCAAAGGAACCACAGUGAGGAGGACUAUUCUGCCUUCAAGAGGGCAGGACAGCUCUACCCUGAUGGUGCCUGCUGCCCUGGAGGUUCCUGGACAUUCACACUCAGAUCUCGGUUCUGACAAAGCCAAGGUAUGUCUGGGCAAGGGAAAGAGGACCCUUCGGAAGCCCCAGAAGGUCCCAUCCAUUUACAAGCUGAAGCUGAGACCCAGAAUCCGGCCCCGUAGAGACCACAGGCCUGAGAAAAGACCUUCCAGAAUUCCCAAGCCACUAGCCUACCUCUGCCUGGCUCCAGUCAGGACAGCUCCUGGAAGCAGGCUACUGAAAGCUACAUUGGGUGUCAGGGGAGGUGGCACCUGCCAGGUAAAUCAAGCAGGCGAAAAGGAGGAGGAAGAGAAAAAGGAAGAAGCCGGCACCUCAUCAGAGAGCAGCGCCCAGCCUUUGGAGAGCCAGGAGUCUCCGCAGCUUCAUGGAAGCCCAUUUCCACCUGAGGAGGAAUCUUGGGUCUGAAGAGCCUGCAGGUGGGGAGGGCACAGCAAAGUACAUGUAAGAAAGGACAGUCCCUCACUCAGCAUAGGGUCUUGGCCAGGAGUAAGUCUGAAGACCCUAUCUGUUCAGUUGAGCAGAAGGGCAGCCCAUAGCUCCCACUGCAAGCCAGCAUCAGGCCAGCCGUGAUGGGGAGAACCCGACAGUAUCUUAUUGUUGGCCAAGAAGAGCUCUUCAGCCUCUGGACAUUUCCACAGCUGUAAGUUAUUAAACACAAGUGGAUCUGUCCUUGAGCCUCAGCCUUUUGAGUCCCUUCCCUCCCUAAGGCUGUGGAACUGUAGCGAGGUGUGACUUCAAAUGUCUCUGCUGGAGGUGAUGGAGACAGUGGUCCUCAGAGGAGCUCAGCUGAGAUCAGGCGCUCAGGACCUUGGACAGCAACAAAGGCCUUUUCCCUUGGGCUGCCACAGGCUACCCUUGAUGUGGAUUUCAGAUUUGCCCCUGGUCCUGACAACAGGGUGAAAGAGGGCCAGUUGAGAGUACCCAUCAUACUUCUGUGUCUAAGAAGCUAUGGUUCAGAGCCUCGGGUUUGACACCAACUGGGAGGAAGAUGCAGAAGCAGUUAGGAUUGAGUCUCACAGGCAGCUGUGAAGGCAGGUGAUGGUACCCUGUGUGUGUGUGGCUGGGAUUAGCCAGCAGGAAAGGAGUUACAUCCAGAACCCUUUCCCUAUCAUCCCUUGGUUCACCUGGUCCUUCAAGAGUGGGGAGCACCACUCUUUACACACACACACACACACACAC